ACUUUUUUGGAACCAAACAUAACACAGCUUGUGUUUUCGACGUUUUCUGACAGUGAAGAUGGUGAUGGAUAGAGAAGAGAGGAGAAAAAGAAUAAUGGAAAGAGGAUCAGAUCGUUUAGCUCUAAUCACUGGCCAAGUACAUAACUUUGAUCCUUCCUCACCGUCGUCUUCUUCCUCAUCAUCAGAUUCACACCAACGUACAUUCAGCGAAUCUUUCAUGCCACAGGCUCAAUCUCGUCAUCUGAUUCAAGAAAGCCCGUCUCUUAAGUAUCAUUUCAAAGAGGAAGUAAAGGCAAGAGAAGAACCAAAACUCUCGACCAUAGUUCACAAACCAAUAAAAAGUGAACCAACAGAACCAGAAGAAGCAAGAUCAGUGAAGAGUCAGCGACCUAGGAGUUCCUUCAGCUCCAAGAAACUCAAUGCUAGCAUCAUAAGCUCAGAAAGAAGUCGGAGUUUAAGCUCCCUCACAAUAGCUGCGUUUGUGAUUUUACUCCCGGGAUUUAACAUCAUAAGAUCAGACACGAUCUUAACUAUGAAACCUCUUUGGUUGCUUCUGCUUACUGAUUGUGCUAUAGUAGUGUCUCAUCUCACCAUGGAAGUUUCUGGAGGAGGAUCGAGUCAUGAAAUUGAAGAAGAAGAAGUUAAGAGUAAAAAUGGUAAUAAUGGAGAGAAAUGGUCUGAUGCAGAGAAGCUUCUAGAAAGAGGAGUUGUUCUGUAUCGAGCUCUUCGUGGAAUGUUAAUAGAUUGUAGUCUUUAUAUGGUGGUUGUUAUCUGUGGAGCCUAUCUUACAUGA